CUUUAUAACUUAGCCUAUUUUAUACAUUCUUUUUUCUGAGUGCCAUUUUACAUAUCCAACUAACCUUGAAAUAUGGCAGAGUUCAGUAGUGAUAUUCAGAAAAUUCUUAAACCUGCAGCUGUUUUUUCUCAGUUGAACUCGAAUAUCGAACUAUUGAACAGUUUCUCUGAAUUGAAUCAUUCUCUGAGCUCUAAUGUCCUAGAUUAUUUCUCUAGUAAUAUCAACAUUCUAAACAAUGCAAACACAGCUCAGCCCUCGUACUUGAACGAGCAGCAACCGUUCCAUCUUCCAGACAGUACUGUCAAUCAAAAUAGAUUAUUUUGCGCUACUGAUCAGAGUCCUGCUACUGGCUCACAAUCAUCUACAGGUAUUGGAAGCGCGGAUGGUCACAAUGUUAGGAUUACCCAAAAUAAUAGUGUAGCAGGGAAAAAGAAGAAAAGGAAAGCCGAUGAUCAGGAGGUGGAGAAGCCGAAAGAAGUAAUUCAUGUAAGAGCGAAAAGAGGGCAAGCUACUGACAGUCACAGUCUAGCAGAAAGGGUUAGAAGGGAGAGAAUAAAUGAGAAGCUGAAAGUGUUACAAGAUCUGGUUCCAGGGUGCUACAAGACUAUGGGAAUGGCUGUCAUGUUAGAUGUAAUAAUCAACUACGUACAAUCUUUACAAAAUCAAAUUGAGUUCCUUUCCAUGAAGCUUUCAGCAGCAAGUAUGUUUUAUGACUUCAACUCCCCUGAAGCCGAGGCGAUUGAGACUCUACAGAGAGCAACAACAAACCCUUGUGACGCUCAAGAGAUGGAAAGAGUGGCGAAAGAAGGGUAUGAAGGGAUGCUUCCUCGGCAUCAACCAGCAUGGCCCUUCUAAUUGCUACCUUAAUGAUUUAUAAGUUGGUUAUGCUUGCUACGUUCAUGACCUCAAAAUUUUCAAUCAUUGCCUGUUUGCUCUCCGGAUUUUCUUUGUCAAAUUUCUAAAUACGUCGUUUUCCUAUUUAAAUGUUUAAAGUUUAUAGCAUAUACAGUCCCAUUGAAACUACAUCAGUCUGACCAACAUAAGUCAUCAUAAAAGGACUGAGUCUGAUAAUACUAAUCACACUGUAAGUUUUGAUGCUUUGUUCAUUAUCAUACAGGCCAAUAUUGAAGUUUCUAUUGGUUAUGUACGGAUAAUAAAUAUCUUUUAUACGUCGAAUCAUAAUGUUAAUAGUCAAUUAUAGCCAAUGUCAUUCAGUUGAUUCA